AAUAACUCGAAAACAGACAAAGCUGGAGGGAUGCGCCUUUCACCAGUCGAAAGAAGAGCGUAUGCAGCAUCUUUCCGUAAGCGAAAAGUUAGCAUUUCAAAAACAGAUUUUUAACAGAUCUUUGGAAAACUUCUGUAUAAGUCGAAAAUCUACAACAGCAAACGAUUGAUAUUUUUCCAUCAGUAGAUAAAGAAAAGUGUUUUCUAUAAAAUGAGAUCUGAGAUGGAAGUUUAAAGGCUGAGUUUUUCCAGAAAUGAGGUUUUAAUGUCUGAACUCUUUUACUAUAAAAAUGCUAUAACUCGGCUAUUUUUAAUUCAACUACUUCAGACUCUAAGAUAAGACUUAAGUCUGAUAGUCAGUGACGGCCACAUCAUCAAAUUUUAACUAUUUUUAACAAUUUUAUCUCAGCUUUUUCAGGAGAUCUCUAGAAAUCCCAUUCUUCGCUUUGACUUCCAACUGUCUUUUUUCACAUCGAGAUGUCAAGGACAUCUCGUCUCAAGUCUUUUCUUAUAGUUUGAAACAUAUUGAAUUAAAAAUAGCCGAGUUAUAACAUUUUUAUAAGAGUCCAGGCGCCAAAACCUCAUUUUUUAAAAAAAUUCAUCCUUUGAACUUCCAUCCAUGUCAUUCAUUGAUUCCAGAUUUGAGAAUUUACUGUUGUUUUGUAGUUCGUUUGUGUGUGUUUAUGUUUUAAAAUAAUAAAACGUUCAAUUUUAGAAUUAAUAGUUGUUUAGUUAUAUAUAUUCUUAUUUAAGGUUUGGUGUCAGUGUUAACGCAAUUAACCCAAGAGUUACUAUCUUAUUCAACAUCUGAUCGUAAUGCACCAUUGUUAGAAUUACUCCAAUUAUUAGACCGUGAUUUAACAUAUGUAUCAGACAUUGUUAAAAAAGCAUUACAAGUUAAAAAAACGGGUACAGGUGAUCCUGAAUUACUAACAAAUGCUGAAAAAUUAUUACAAAUUCAUAAACCAUGCGUAACUUUAGUUGGUCCAUUGAUUACACUGCUACCAAAUGAAGAUGUAUCAUUGGCAAAUAUGGCUUCGCAUAAUUUAUCAUUACUCACACAAUUAAUAGGUUCAGAAGGAAAGGAAAUAUUGAACAGAAAUUAUUGUCUCAUAUUUAGUACCGUAUUAAAAUCAGCCGAUUCGUCAAAACAAAAAAUUUUAUUACGCUCAUUAAAACGUUUAAUAACAGCAGAUAAGAGAAAUUUAGAAGUAGCUAGAGCGUGCAAUGAUGAACUAUUAGAUUCAUUGAAUAAAAUUAAAAAAUCAGCAGCAAUUGAGGCUGAUGUUGGUUUAGUUGGUCAUAUUGAUGAACUUUUACAAUUAUUUGGAUAA